AACCCCACCUUCAUACCCGGACUCUCCCUCCCCCCAUGAAGAUCUGCCAUCCAAGUCCCAACUGGAUUUUGCACGCCUUGGGUUCUUGGUCCAGCCACAGGUCAAAGGUAGGCUACCCUGGAAUUGGUAAACUUCUUAGCAACAAACCUUUUCCUAUUAUCACUGUACCUUUGAGGCCACUUCCUGUAAGCAGUCUAGAGCCUUGUCUGGAAUCAUGCCUCUGUCAGGAACACCAGCACCACCCAACAAGAGGAAAAAGCCCUCCAAGAUCAUCACUGACCUGUCACACAUAACCCAAGAUGAGUAUGAAUCAGAGCCUGAGGCCUCAGAGUUUGACCUGGGGAAAAAGAUCAGGACACCCAAGGAUAUCAUGCUGGAGGAACUAUCCCUUCAGAAGAACAAAGGCUCCAAGAUGUUCAAGAUGAGGCAGAUUCGUGUGGAGAAGUUCAUCUAUGAGAACAAUCCUGACCUCUUCAGUAGUGAGUCCAUGGAUAACCUCCAGAAGUUCGUGCCCAGCCUGGGGGGCCAGAUGAUGGAUGUUGGUGGCCGCCUGAUUGGUGGACAUAUGACUGGCCAGGCUGGUGGGGGCGGUCAAGCACCAGUGCCUCCUCCUAAACCCGGAAGCUAUGGAAAGGGAUUAGAGGGUGGGCUACAAGCAGGUGGGCUCGCUGGAGUGGCAGGAGGAGCAGGGGGAAAGGAUGGUGUGUCAGGAGAUGCCUCACAGAGUGAGGAAAGUUCUAAGGCUGCUUUGGAAAAGGCAAAAAAGAGGGCCGCAUGUGUGAAGACAUACGUUUCCCCUUGGGAACGGGCUAUGAAGGGCAAUGAAGAACUUCUAGCAACAAUGAAGACUCAAAUGCCUGGACCCUGCUCUCAAAAGGAGCUGUGCAAUUAUAAGUGCUUCAACAGGAGCGCUAUGCCUUUUGGAGGUUUUGAGAAGGCCUCUCAGCUGAUGACCUUCCAGCUGCCAGACAUCGAGGUGGCCACUGAGGAGCCUGAACCUGCAGUGGUGUACCAACAUGAUAUCGGCUCACGGCCCUCCUUUAACCGCACACCCAUCGGCUGGGGGGGUAGCGCUGAACCAGGCAGCAUUCACAUGGAGUUGGAUACUAUACCAUUUGAUGGGGAGACUGAUGACCUGUGAAUCUACAACUCUAAAAAAAUAA